CAGGAAGUGUCGGGGUAUUUGACCGUAGCUCAGGAAAAAAAAAAAAUGAUUGAACAGAGAUGUGAUUGUUCUUUUUCCGCUUCCAGAGCAGUGAAGUCGUGGCUUGUUUCUGCUAGUUGACGGCGACGUUUAAUUGCAUUUAAUUGCGUCCAAGAAACGGAAUGUCGUUUCGGACGGAGACGUUGAGUUAUUCGGCGCAUUUCCAGGGUCAGACGAUGCUGAACGGCUAGUCGGCUCGUAUACAUUACCCUGUGUUGGUGGUAGAGCUCUGGGGUUUCUUUUUUUUUAAAGAAUUCUCAUUAUCGUGUUUGGGACAUUUCUUUGUGUGUAUCCGGAGAUAUUUGCCUCAAAGCCACACAACGGCUGUGAAGCUGAAGCUCUUCUCGGUGUUUGUGCUGGUCAGCCACGUCAGCUAUAUUCACUGAUAAACUCGGAGAGCAUCUCUUCUCUUUGGUUCCCACGUUUAUUUAGUUGAAAACCGUCAGAGUGACGUCCAAUGACAAUGGCUCCGAUGGGUAUCCGGCUGUCACCGCUCGGUAUGGCGGUGUUUUGCCUGCUGGGAGUCGGUGUCAUCUACCACCUGUAUGCCGGGGUCUUCUCCAACCACCUGUCCUAUUUCAGGCAGAGGAAAAAGGUGGACCUGAGAGACCUGUUAGCCGUCUCUGUGGAGGCUGCACAGCUGGGUGGGGAAGAGGUGAAAAGAGUACGCAAAGAAAACACACUCAACGAGAAGUCAAAGGGAGAAACAAAGGAGGGAGCUAAAGAGCUUCUGACUAUGGGGGACCUGCAGUCGCACCGGAAGAUGUAUAACCUAAUAAAGAACACAUUUCCUGAAAUCACUGUAUACAGCGAGGAAAGUGACAGCAAACCAGAUUCGGUAUCCUGGAGCAGGAACAUACCUGAUGGCAUCCUGAAACUGGAGAAAGGCAGGGAGGUUUCUGCUGAUAGCAUCACUGUGUGGAUUGAUCCAUUGGAUGCUACUCAAGAAUACACAGAAAAAUUGGUGAAAUAUGUGACCACUAUGGUGUGUGUUGCUUUGGAGGGUAAACCAGUCAUUGGUGUCAUACACCAGCCAUUUACAGGGUUUACUGCCUGGGCGAUGGUAGGUCAGGGAACAAACAUGGAGUACAGAUCGUCCUACAACCUCAACUCGCCAAAAGUGAUUGUGUCACGGUCACAUUCUGGAGAAGUAAAAAACUUUCUUCACUCUGCUUUUGGAAACAGCACAACAAUAAUCCCAGCAGGUGGCGCAGGAUACAAGGUGCUAUCGCUGUUGAAGAUGCAUUCAGGACAGACAGAGCCUAUAGAUGAAGCAGAUGUUUACAUCCACAUCACCGUCAUUAAGAAAUGGGACAUCUGCGCUGGUGCCGCACUACUGAACGCACUUGGAGGCCACAUGACCACUCUGAAAGGGGAGAACAUCGACUUCAGUGGAACUCCUUUGAACGAAGGAGGACUGGUGGCCAGUGUUGAAGUGGAUCAUAAGAACAUACUGGCCAAACUUCCAAACUGGGACCUUUCAAAGCACUGAAAGACAACCACAGAACCAUUGGCAGCUCCGGCAUGUUGUGCUGAGGCUUACAUGAAGAAGAGAUGAUUAAACAUGAAACGUUUAUGGUCAAACGUUCAUGUUAUUUUUUUCUUUUCUUUUUUUUUUUUGAAAGCUGGGCGGGGAUUUGCUGUCUACACAAACCUGGCCCACUGAACAGGAUUGUGACCAGCAUGGUUACCACAAUGGUUCUUGAUUCACGCUCCUCCACAGCUACAUGCAUCAUUCAUCCAUCUUAUGUGAAACCGCAUGCUCACAAGGAAUUGUAGGAAAACAAUGGACCCUUCCAUGUCUCCUCCUUUCACCUUCACAGGAGAACAGGGGAACUUUAAUGUGAAAAUCUCUGGAGCGUACAGCUGAACAUUGCAGGAGAAACUCUGGAGUUUGGCCUCUGCUUCCACCAUCGUAGAUGUCUUUAUUUUUCAUAUUUCAAAAGAGCAUAACACUAUUUAGAGAGGAAUGUUUCAGAGAGCAUCAGACAUUAGCCCAUCUCUGCAACUAAUAAAACUUUGGAUUUUGAGUAAAUUUAUGGGUUAUUGUGUUAAGAAAUCCUUUUAUUAUUUUAUUUAAAUCCUUUAUCUUUUAUUAACAUUAUAUUAAGAUGGAUUAAUUGAGAAUAAGUUAAUUAUGAGUAGAGGUCCCAUAUUGUGGCCAAGAGAGAAGCUGAUCGACCAGAUUUGUGUUGAGGGUUCCAUGUUUAUCAGAUAAUUGAGCAAAUCAGUUUAAAAACCUUUAUUAAAGCAAAAAAUAACUAACAAAAGCUGUUGGAGUGGCAGUGAUAACACAAGAAGGAAUUUGAUGUUGAACUUAAUAACUCAACACUUUUAAUAACCAGAAUUUGUGCCACAAUAAAUGCUUAAAAUGGGUACUUUUUACUUAUCUAUUCAAAAUUCAUUCAGCAAAAGAAGUGAAGUAGUCCUUUACCUAGCCCCAGCACUUCUCCAGUCCAAACAGUUUGUUUUGAUGGUUCUCGAUUUAGAAACCUUGGAAACCACGCAAUAGACUUGUCAAAGUCAGAAAGAUUUUUCAGUAAGAGAAACCAGAUCCUAGUUGGAAAGAGAAAUUAGUACUUCCUCAUUUCUGCCUACAAGUGGCUUCAAAACUCUGAAGUAUGCAUGCAUGGUUUGGAUUUUUGGUCUUGAUGAAUCCCUGUUUCCUUUGACUACUGUUUGUCUUUCAGCACUGUGUCGGUUGUACCUGAGUCACUUUUGACUUUUUGUGUUCAGUCGAAAAAUACCAGCAGAGAUCUCACCCGAGUGUCUGAAGAAGGUACAUUUAUUAAAGGAUCUUUUCAUGUUUACCUUGUUUUGAUAGCAUUUGUGUUGAUGUGUAGAUUAAACUCCGUUUAGGUCAGAAAUUAAAUAUUGAAGCGGUUUCGUCUGCCACUGGUUGACGAGGCUUGACAACUUGUCGAUAGAGGUGAGGAACGAUCUGGAGUGGGUUGGCUAUUUCAGUUUUAUGUUUCCAGUGCCUUUGCUUGGACAAAACCACAUUGCCGCUGUAAGCUACAUCAGUAAUGCAGACAGCAAUGCUCGCCGCCAUCAGUUGCUGUGAAAAUAACAUGGACACUGUUUGGGGUGUGACUUUGGAUACACCCCUUUGCGACUCUCGUGCAUGUGUACUUUAAGAAACACUUUUUCACAUCACUGUGUUGUGACGUGCUUGGGAGUACUACUUUAGAUAUGAAAAAGAUCUUUUAAAAUCCAUACAUUUAUAAAUGUGGAAAAACAAAACAGAUCAUUGUUUGGAAUACCUGACCUCUGAAGACUGCUGCUCGGCUUUCCUUAAGGCUGCACACGUUUAAGCCUCCAAUCAAGCCGCCACAAUUUCAAGUUGGGGAUUUUGUUACUAGGUUGCGAUGUUGCAGAGUACAAACUAGAACUGAAACAACCUCUGAACGCAGACGUACAACAUGUGGACCAUCUGUAGCCGUGAGCGUGGACUACUCAAAGGAGCACCACCUGUACCUCUGUGUCUUUUUCCAAGUAGUCCUACCAACCAGACACUGGGAGUUGCAUCAUGUUGUAGUUGGAUAUCUGGAAGGUGUUGGAGAGACAUUUUCUGGUGUUCACUACUUCUGUCGUUUUUAAUGUGAUUUGGGGGAUUUAGUAGCUGUGCUCAUUUUCAGUUUGUUUUUUGCAUGGCUACUGGGUUUAUAGGAAUCUCAUACCUUUGUGUCUACCUCUCUGCCAGUGUUUCACUUGCUCUCUUUAAAGUUGGGUGAUUUACACAUUGAAAGAAUGCAAAAGCCAAAGUAGAAGCGAUACAGAGCACAUGAAGGGGGUUUUUGAUCAGCUAAAGUAGAACAACCUUUAGUUACUGCUGAAGUAAAUACAAUUCAUCUCUGUCAAUAGUGUCUUCUAUUCCUUCCAAUAACAUGGUAAAAUUUUACAUUAACCACAGAAAUGACAUAAAAAAAAUCAACCUGCAAAUCUGCUUGAGCUGACUAUUUUGCUUUUAAGCAGCAUGAAAGCUAGAUAUAAAAAUCAUGCAGGCUUUUAAUGUGUUCCUCAACUUAAAAUAAAAAAAGUAAAAGUGUGAAUGACAACCCUAUGGUUUUAAAAAAAGACUGUAGACUGGCUUUUGGUCUGACUUUUUUUUUUCUCAUUUGGUAAACGGUAUGUACAGCUUCCAUGAGUAAUUCAUUUUGCUUCUGUGAAUUUCCAAUAAACUGUGUGCAUGAAAGGAA